CUUAAGCAGCAGUUAGGGCUAGCUUGCAUGUAGCCGUUAAGCUAUCUUGCAGCGUUAAGAUUCAGAAUGUAGUCAGCUUUUUUUUGGUUUGUUUUUUAUCUGAGAAAACCUGUCAGAGUUAUGCUAAUGACUGCCCUAUUGUCUAUCAGCCUGAGUUUUAGAGGAAACUGUCAAGCAAGUACUGUCCGAUAACGGACGCAGUAAAAUAGCCAGCUGGCUAGUUAGCUUGUUAAUUCUCCUGACAGAGCGCGACAUUUAAAAAAACACUGAGUGCUCUUGACACAUUUUUAGACCACCGUCUGCAUUGUUGUGUCCUGAAUCAUGAUCAGUCUGUCGCAAAUAGGUUGAGAUGACCUCCUCCGCCCUUGGCCAGUCGGCCCAUCUCGUCCCAAACCUGGAGCCGGGGAUGGGGAAGUCUGCGGCGAUGCUGGGGUUGUCUGCUGGGCUCGGGGGAGCGGAGAUGGAGCUGCAGAAGAUGCUUAUCGAUGAGAGGAUGAAGUGCGAAAACCACAGGACCAAUUACCAGACGCUCAAGGCUGAACACUCCAGCUUGCAGGAUGAGUUCACCCGAGCUCAGGGUGAACUGAAGCGUCUGCUGAGCGACCGACAGGCUCAGCAGGAGAAGCUGCAGCUGCUGUUGGCUGAGCUCCGAGGAGAGCUGCUGGACAAAACCAGAGAGCUGGAGGAGCUUCGACUGCAGGUGAUGACCCCUCAGCGGCUGGAGUUGCUCAGAGCUCAGGUGCAGCAGGAGAUGGAAGGUCCGGUCAGAGAGAGGUUCAACAAGCUGGAGGAGGAGACAGAGAAGUACAGGUCGGAGUACAACAAGCUGCGGUACGACUGCACCUUUCUUAAAUCCCAGCUGGACCAUCAGAGAGAAGAACAUGCCCGUAUCCUGGAGGAGAAGAGCAUCCUUUAUGAAGCAGAGAUCUCCCGCCUGGAGAAGGACAGGGAGGACCUGGUGGCUCAGUACCAGGGCUCAGACCUGCUGCGCGAUGGGAAACGAGUGGAGGCUCUGCUGAGGGAGAAGGCGCAGCUCCACCUGCGGCUGAAGGGCCUGGAGGCGGAGGUGGCCGAGCUGCGCGCCCAGAAAGAGAACUCGGGCCAGCAGGCGGAGAACGUCCAACGUAUCCAGAUCAGACAGCUGACGGAGUCUCAGGCCACCCUGAAGUCUCUGGAGGCAGAGCGCCAGUCGUUGCGUCUGCAGCUGGAGCGGACGGAGAGCGAGCUCAAUCUGAGUCACGAGCAGAACAGCCAGCUCACCGGGCGCCUGCACAAAGCUGAGAGAGGGGUCAACUCCCUCACCUGCCAGAUUGAAAGCCUGAAGCAUUCGCACAAGCUGGAGGUAGCUAGCGUCAAACUGGAGUGUACCCGCUCUAAAGGAGAGCUGGAGAGGGAGAGAGACACACUGCAGGGCCAGAUUGAGAGUCUGCAGGCUGACGUGGACGUGCUGAAGGCUUCGGUGGAGCGACACAAGGAAGCCCUGGUGGAGAAAGAGCGGGAGAUGGUCAGGAAGGUGCAGUCCGCCCGGGAGGAGGAGUUCCGUAAAACUGCAGCAUUGCACGAGGAAAAGCUGGACUUGGAGAACCGUCUUGCUACCCUGGAACAGCAGAGGGCGCUGCAGGAUGCUGCCGACAACACCCAGAGGGAGGAAUGGGAGGAGCGUGUUCACAGUGCUCAGCAUGGAGAGGACUCAGCCCGCAGAGAGCUGCAGGGCCUGAGAACCAAACUCCAGCAGCAAAGCUCCCAGCUCGAGGAGCUUGAGAGACAAAAAGGUGAAAUUGCUGACCUGCAGCAGCAGAACCAGGAGCUGGGAGUCCAGCUGGGGACACUGUCUCACUCUGAAAGUGACCUGAUGGAGACAAACCAGCGGCUGAAAGAAACGUUGGACAGAUUCAGGGAGGAGCUGAGGACGGCCCGGGCCCAGGCUGAGAGGAGCCAGCACGAGGCCGAGAGGCAGGUGGAGGACCGGCGGGUGGAGUGGCUGGAGGAGAAGCACAAGCUGCAGGAGCGAGAGGCCGAGCUGCAGCAGAAAUACUCUCAGGCCAAAGAGAAACUGCAGAGGGCGGCCGUGGCCCAGAAGAAGAGGAAAACGCUGACAGAGAACAAAGAGAAGAGACUGCAGGACAAGAUCCAGCUGCUGGAGGCCAAGCUCGAGGAGCUGGAACUGGAAGCUUCUGCAGCCAAGAAACGUUCAUCUUUCUCAGAGGAGCAAGCUCAGCUCAGCAGACGGUUGAAGGAACUGCAGCGACGACACAACGAGUUUCGACGCCUCCUGUUAGGCGGCCAGGCUCCCUUCAGUUCCGGCCACGCCUUCCUGACCUCCUCACCCACGCCCUUUCUCCUCCUCGGGUCCGAGGGACCGAUGUCCAACAUACCAGAGGAGCAGCACCAGAGGGAGCUGUCUCUGCUCCGUCGGAGGCUGGAGGACCUGGAGAGCGCUCAGCAGCAGCAGCUGGAGGAACUGGGAUCUCUGGUGCAAAAGGACCGGGACGCCACACCCCAGCCUGACCUCUGACCCCACCUCCCACGGCACUUCCAAUUGAGCUUAGACUUGAAAUACAGAGUGAGGCGGCAGUGUUGUGAAAUGUCUGUAAGACAUGGAUGUGGACAUGGAGUUCGUCGGCGUUAGCAUGUCUGUCCAAUACUGUGACGUUGGGAAUUUUAAAAUACUGCAGCACCUUUUUUAAAAAAUUGACCAUGACAUCCUCAGGGUUUGAUUUUGUAUUGAGCUGUUUGUUGUUUACACACAUUUGCUUUUAAGCCACUCUGAAAAAAGUUUUUACACGGAUGAGUUAAAUGCUUCGAACAUUACAGGCUGUGAAUUGCACAAUGUUUCUAUGGACUGUGGAUGUGAUUUUUAAGAAGUUCAACUUGAAAUGUGUUGAAACAAUAAUGAUUUAAAGAUUUUUUUCACUGAUA